GGCAAAGCAUCAAUCCCAAACUGGCGGGUCUUAUUGGAAGGCAUGGCCCACAGAACAAGCAGCCAUUCACGGUAGCCUUCUUCAAAGCUACCGAGGUCCAUCUCCGCAGUAUUCGCUCCACGGGAGGGAAGCAAAGGAGCCAGAAUCGAUCAAAAACGCCAAAGAACCAGGAAGCUUUCCGGGUGUCGAACAUCGCAGAGAACAGCAGCAGCGACCAGCGACAAGCCUGCAAGAAGCACGAGCUCUACGUCAGCUUCAGGGACCUGGGGUGGCAGGACUGGAUCAUUGCUCCGGAGGGCUACGCUGCAUAUUACUGUGAAGGAGAAUGUGCUUUCCCGUUGAAUUCAUACAUGAAUGCUACAAAUCAUGCCAUUGUACAGACACUGGUUCACUUUAUAAACCCAGAGACUGUGCCGAAACCCUGCUGUGCUCCUACACAACUCAAUGCCAUCUCAGUGCUCUAUUUUGAUGACAGCUCCAAUGUUAUCUUAAAAAAAUACAGGAACAUGGUGGUACGAGCAUGUGGCUGUCAUUAGAUCGGUAGGAAAGAAAAAAAAAAGUCAUUUGUAAAGAGUGGGUUUUGUACGGCUAUGUGGGGGAGGGGAAGAGGUUAGCACUCCAGCAAUGGGUUUUAAAAAAAAAAAAAAAAAUCCCAAAAAGUUUUUAGGACUGGGCUUCUGAAAGUUCAGACAAUGGAACAGUUUCUGGAUCUAAGUGGCAUUUGAACGCAUUUUGUUUUAGUUUAUUACAGACAAUGAGCUUGUAAACUGAAACAAGCCAGAGAAACCAUUUAAAACCAAAUCUGCCUACAAAAUUGGCUCCUACGAUACAUACUUUUGCAAAUGAGUCUUUCUGAAGAUUGCAAACUCACCAGUGUUGAUUGUGAGUUAAAAAAUAAUAAUCUAUCCAAGUUGAGAAUGUGCUGUGACUAAUAAGCAUGUGUAGUUCCUGUAAUACAGUUUGCAAUAAAAUAAGUGAACAAAA